AUGAUUUUAUCACAAAACAAUUAUGAUGGAUACAAGGAAUUUGAUAUGAAUAGAAAGUUGAGAGAAGAGGAGAAGCAGGUGAGACUGAUGAAAUAGGAGAUUAUGAAAUAGCAACUGAUUGAGUAGACACAAUUGUAAGAACAAAGAAAAAAGGAGUUACAGCUGUAAAAAUAAAGGGAAGAUGAGGAAUAAAUUCAAUUGAUACUUAAAAAGCAAGGAGAAGAAAAGUUUUAAUAAAUAUAGAAUAGAGAAACUAUGAAAUAAAAUUUGCAGUAACAGAACCAUCUCAUUUUGAAUCAUCAGAAAAUAAUAAUCGAUGAGAAGGUAAAAUAUUAUUGUAUUUUAUUAGAAACAAGAAACACUAAAAAUAGAGAAUGAUAUAAUAAAUAAUGCAAUAAAUGGAUUGUCAUUGGAAGAACAAAUGAGAAGAUAGAAGAGAGAGAUGUAAAAAUAAAUUGUUGAAUAAUAAAUGAAAGAAUUGCAAUAAAGAAAAGAAAAAGAGAAGAAAGACAAAGAAUUCGAAUAAUUAAUUUAUAAGGAGCAAACCUAAAAUGAAUCGCUACGAAUUUAAAAAUAGGAAGAUUCAUAUAGAAAUGUAACUUAAUUCCUUAACAUAAAUAGUAUUAUCAGAAAGUGUCAGAAAGAUAAAAUGCCUUAUAAGAUAUCUAUAGAUAAAAGGUUGAUAAUCCGAAGUUGUACCUUGAUUAGAUGAUCAAUAAGCAAGUGAAAGAAAGAUAAGAUAAAGAGGAGACUGAAUACUUAACUAGAAGAUCACUAUAACAAAAAUAGAAAGAAAUGUAUUAAAAUGGAUUGGCCAAUCAGAUAUAAGAGUAAAAUGAAAAGAGGAAACACGAAGAUAAUGCAAAAGAACAAAGAAAAUAAGAAAUAUUGCAAGCUUCUCUAUUAUUUGAAGAAUAAUAAAGAUUAGAUCGAUUAAGAAAGAGGGAAAUUCAAUAGCAAUACCAUACACAGUUAUCAUCAUUGGUACUCGAUUAAUAUCAUUAUUUCUAGAGCCAAUCCUAAAGUCAAAGCAGUGGAAACUUAAACACUGAAGUUUCAUAGUCGAAUAUCUACAAUCCAUUAACCAAUCCUAAUCCCAGUCAAAUUUAAAAUCCUUACAUUCUUCGAUAAAUAUAACACAACAAUGGUAAUCUCCAACAAUCCCAGUCGAUGAGUUAAUCAAAAUUAGCUUCUUUUGGAAAAAGCAGCUUAAUAAAUUGAA